AUGAAGAAUUGGUUUUCUGCAAGUUUUGAAGCAUUGAUCACGCUGAACUGUGUGAUUGCCCCGAUUGUCCCAUUGGCUGGCUUAGAUCAGUUGAAAGACGAUUGCGAGCGCCUCCUGAACGAAAGCGCGAUGCAAUACAGGGGAUUGCAGGAGAUCCUGUCUGAUGCAUUGGCAUUGCUCCCCACAGAGACAGCAUGCCUUCCGAUCAUUCGGCGGAUUGGAAUUGACAUCGACACAGCGAAAGCGCUUUUGGUGAGGAUGAGACUGAUUGAGCAUUGCAUCGGUGGAGUGCUGCUCACCAAUGCCAGCCUCAAGACAUUGGAGCCACAAGCUGGAUUGAAUCCAUUGAGGCUUGGAUCGUACGCGACCUGCCUCAAAACGGAGGAUUGGCCCAGUCCAGCGGGCGUUGGUCCUUCCGUGGGAUUGGCAUGGCUCAUUGUCGCUUACAGUGCGCAGGCUGGAAUGCGCAUUGGUGCAGUCCAACAUGGGUUGCCAUUGGCAUUGGUCACUGCUCAGGAAGGAAUGGUCCCAUUGACCAUUCGCACGCUGCAAGUUCGCAAUUGGGUCAUUGUGUCCAAUCACUGGCAGAUUGGAAGUGAGAUGAUCCUGGAUGGCUCAUUGAUGGCGAUGCCCUUCUUCCUGGCAUUGCCAGAGUCAUUGAUGCGAAGCGUGGUGGCAGACGGCGUCAUUGCAUUGGAUGGUUUUCCGUGUGGUCAGGCAAAUGCCUUCACCACCAUUGACCAGGCAUUGGUGAAGCUCCAUCAGUGGUGCGAUCAGGUCCCCUCCAUUGAGGCAGGAUUGCACGAAAAUGUCUGGAUCAUUGGGUACCACCCAUUGAUGUCCCGAUUCCCCACGGUCUUGAAGAACCCCGCCACGGGAAAGGGCGGAUUGUUGCAUUGGCACAACCAGUCUUACUGUGGCCAUUGCUUGAUCUUGGAAGCCAUUGAAGAUGGCAACUACCGCCUGAACCCGAUGGAGCUGUUGACUGCGAUGGUGGUUGACACUCGAUUGUCACUGAAGGCCCUUUUGGACGGAUUGAAUUGGGACUUGAGUGGCGCAACGGAGCAGUUUUCGUUCCACCGCCACAUUGCCGUCCCGACACGCCUGAGCAAGCUGAUUGGUGCAGGACGCACCGCAGGCAUUGGCUCGUCGGCCAUUGCUGGAAGUGCAGUGGCAAGGGCCAUUGGCGAAGGCCAGAUUGGCAGCUCCGAGCUCACGAUCGCGAGCGGAGGCAGCCGAUUGAGGAUUGCCCUCAACGUCCACCAGAUGGACUGA